UCGGUCGGUCCCUCCCACUUUGUGUAACCGCUUAAUUGUCAGGUUUUGCGGAACCUGAGGUACUUAAACAGAGCGAAGGACUCACGAAUGGGAGAGAUUAGUGAAGUUUGCCUGUUGAUGUUCGUAGGCAGUCUGAAACCGUUAGAUUGGCAAGUAUGCAGGUGUCUUUGGCGCUCAUGUGCUCAAGCGCGGUUCUCUUACUGCUCCAGGGAUGUCUUAGCGCUGCGGAAGGAUGGAGAGCUUUAAAAAACGAUGCUACAGAAAUUAUACCAGAGUAUACCGUGGACGCGCUGCAACCCGAGGAGCAAAUCCAGCCGUUUACCAAUAAUACAAUGAACCAGGCAAAAAACGGAGGAAGGAGGUCAACAGCUAACACUCCAACAUAUGAAGCCUCUGAGCUGAGCUGCCGGGAGCUCCGCUCCACUCGCUACAUCACUGACGGCUCCUGCCGCAGCGCUAAGGCUGUGAAAGAGCUGGUGUGCUCAGGCCAGUGCCUGCCCACCCAGCUCAUGCCCAACUCCAUUCUACGGAGCAAGUGGUGGCGCAGCAGCGCGUCCGACUACCGCUGUGUUCCGGCUCACGCCCGCACCCAGCGCGUGCAGUUGCACUGCCCCAACGGGAGCAGCCGGACCUACAAAAUCCGUGUGGUGACUUCCUGCAGGUGCAAGCGCUACACUCGCCACCACAACCAGUCCGUUGCCAAGGAGGCGUCGGCCCAAAAAACGCAGCGCAACAAGAAGCACGCACGUUCCCAGCAGGCACGGGGUCGGGGAAGAGCACCUGCUCUCAGCAGCAACUCAUACUGAGAAGGAGUGUUUCUCCCUGUAUAAGAGCUUGUACAGAGACUCCAUUAACACAAGCACACACACAUACACACAUGCACAGAGACACAGACACACACACACACACACAGACACACACUCAUAUAAAACACAUAUAUAUGAACACACAUCCACACACCUACAUAAUCGCAUACUGCCUAAAUGCCAGUCCUCAAGUGUGAGAAAAAGAAGACUAAAGAGAUUUUAUCAAAAGGAAUAUGCUUUAUGAACUGAACUGUUGUGUAUCAUCUUCACCAUUCACUGAAGCUGUCGUCCAGUCAGCAAGCCUCUGUUUUGUUUCAGAUGUUUCAUCCAUUGCAUGGCCUAGUGAGUCUGAAUAAUCCCAAUGUCAGAAAUUGAUUACCCAGUUCCAGAGAACUUUACUGGACUCUUGCCUGAAAGGAGGUACGCUGUUGUGGGAGAUUAGAGUAGAGAAUUUGAUGGUUGACAUGUUCAUAGUAUUCCUGUGGAGGGCCUCUGUGCUGCAGUUCAUGCAGACUCAGCAAAUCUUACUGAAUUUCAUUAAAUGUGCAGUCACCAUCAUGCAUAUGACCAGUUCCACCACCAGCAGUGCUGUGAACUUGUGGCUGAGGUGAAUGUUUGUAUAGCUGAAAUGAAGUCAUCACUUUUGGGAAGUGGUGCAGCUCAGGAUCCAGCAGCCCAGGGGCACUGGGCUCAUGAGGCGUGCCGCACGAUGACACGCUUCUGGGGCCUGAUGUUCUUAACCCUGGUCACUACACCAGGCCUGAAGCUCUAGUGACAGGCUGGGGAACUGCUCCAGCUGCCACAAUUCCCCCAGCUUCACCUUUUCAUGAGAGCCUUCAUCGGACCUGUCAGCUGGAGCCAGGCCCGCUGUGUGUGACGGAGAAUGGGAACGGUGGUGUCAGCACUUUGGGACCUCCGUCCCUUUGGGCCAAGAACAGCAAGCUGUAUUCCUCUGACUUGUCCUAAUUACUAAAUAGUUACAUUCCUGUAUUUAGGAUUUGAGUCAUAAAAAACCAUUUCCUCUAGAUGUGGCCAGUUCCUGUUUGUUUGAAUAGCAGAAAAGCCAGGCCCACAUGUGUGUAGGAAUCUGCAACACUUGUGCCUCUUUCUUCCUUGGGAAUAAAGUCUUUUACUUCCCCCUC